AUGGAGCUGCAGGAGCGGCUGCCGCCAUGCCACGCUGCGAGCUCGUCGCACACACUCGCGACGCUCUUCUCCGUGAUAACAUACGUGGUGCUUCCUGCGGGCGUCGUGACGCUCGUGGAGGUGGGGGACGCCUACCUACUGCUCUUCAUUGGACAGCUACUUCUGGCUGUCGGUGCCGUCGAGUGGAGUUGGUUGGCCUUCCGCAUCCGCCAGCGGCUUCUUCUAGCCGUGAAUCUACACGAGGAUGCACCAGUAACGACAGAAGCGAUUGAUAACACGGGAGAACAGACACAUCAAAUACUACUUAUACAGGCACAACAGACAGAGGACGAGGAGGCCAGGCGAUUGCGCGCUCUGGAGGACCAGCCGCUUAGGAGACAGGAUCCCAGGGAGAACUACGCGCGUUUAUUAAACGAGGCCAUGCGCGCGAAGAGCUUUGCCAUCGCACCACUGGCGGACAGGAUAUGCAGCGGGCGUUGGUACCUCGCCGCGUUUUUAUUGGCGACAAUUGGUGCCGCCGUGAGCGUCGCGCUGGGGUACGCCGUGGAAAGCACAGUAUUUGACAGCAAGAACCCCGCUUCGGGCUGGAGAAUGAUGGUCGGUGCGUCUGUGGAAGCCGCGUUUGUGUCUAUUUUCUGCAGCUCAUUAGCGCCUUCAGGGGCGGACGCCGUCGUGCUCCUAGUGUACCAGGCGUGCGUUCUUGUGGCCAGUAUGAACGCGUACUUGAAGUUGCAGGUAGAUGUCAUCGCCUCUGACGCACAGGUGGACCCUCUGUUCAUUAUUUUAGCUGGCGCUAUCGUCAUCAUCGUGUUCCGUGUCGUGACGAGCAAAGUCGUGAUGCAGAGUCUGCUGCUCGUGCUGUGUGACGUGCUCGGUCUUGUGUGUAUUGUGUCGCCGCUCAUCGCGUUCGCGGACCUGAUAGACCAGACAAUGAACCAAUCGUUCAGGAAUCAACUCGCGCUUUUCGUGCUCGUGGUGCUAGCUGCAGACGUGGGGGAUUGUCUCGCCAAGGAGUUGCAGCUGCACCGGCCACAGGUUUUCAAAUGGUGUCGUCAUCCGGUGCUCAAGUCUGAAGCUACCACGAAAGAUGUGGAAGCACCGAUUAUUUCGUUGAUGUGUGGUGCUAUCAUCAUUGUGGCUGUCCGUUUGGGCUCUGGUGGCUCGGAUUUCAACACUGUGGAAGUCAUUGUGUUGUUCUGUGCCAUCGCAUUGGGACAGUGGUGUCGUCUGUGGAUGGCACAUGUUCGACGAAUGGCAAAAGUAUCGACCUCUGCGUUCUAUUUUCCCGAGGGAAGCCGAACGUGCGGCGUGCUUGAUCGCAUGGCAGUGUUUCUUGUGGCUAUCAUUGUUUACUACCCGUACAUCAAGCAAAAGUACUUCUCAUAA